UUUAGAUGCAACACAGCACACCACGCAAGUCAGCUCGAAUCUCGUGUCGCACGCACGCAUCGAGCACACGGCGAGUACGUCACGCGUCCAGAUAGCGUCCAGAAAUACAACUCUGGUCACUUUGAGGAUCGUCACCGAAGGACACGAGGUUCCUGUCGAUCGAGUGUGUCGCACUAGUGCGAAUCUCGCGUGCUUCGCCUCCUUCCGAGGCCAUCCGUUCUCCCGGCGGCGCAACCCUUCUCAUCCUUCUUCCCCGAGGAAGACGUUGCGAGACAAGUUCCUCCAGGAGUCAGAAUGUACAAGUUCCUCUUGCCGAUCUGCCUGUGGGCGAUCGCCACCUCGGUGGCGUUGCCCGCCGCCGGAAAGACCGCUAGUGAGAACGACCUGAUGGCCAGCAUCUACUCGGACUGCCUUAAGAAGGAGUCCAUUGGAUGCAUCAAGUACAAGCUCUUUGCAUUCGUCGACAAGAUGCUCGCCGACAAGGAAGACAUUGCGUUGAGCGAGGGCAUCACCGUAGUCAGGACAUCCUCGAAGACGGAGGAGGGUGCUCCCAGGUCCCUCGACGCUACCGAUCCGACUACCGACGUCGACGCUCUCAUCUUCGAUCGAGUCGGCAGAUUUCUAAGGACUCACACCAUCAAAGUGGACCUUAAGGGCACCGACAUUCUCGGUGCGAUCGAGUCUACUGGACGCAGUCUCGAGGACCUGACCGACAGCGUCGUCGAAGGACGUGGCAAAAAGAAGAAGGCAGCCAAGAUUUUGGGACCAAUUCUACUAGCCGUUGCACUGAAGGCAGCAGCCCUUCUGCCUCUGGCCUUGGGCGCCAUUGCGUUCAUCGCCGGCAAGGCCCUUCUGAUCGGCAAGAUAGCCCUCCUCAUUUCCGCGAUAAUUGGACUGAAGAAACUUCUUGGAUCCCAACAGAAACACGUGACCUACGAGGUGGUGUCCCAUCCGCAUCACAGUAGCAGUCACGUCGUAAGUCAUGACGAAGGCAUCGGUCACGGUGGAUUCGCUGGCGGUUCAGGAGGUAUCGGCUCCGAUUACGGAGUGGGAUAUUCUUCCGGAGCUGGUGCGGCUGGAGGAAGCGGUCACGGCUGGGCUCGAAGUCUUCCCCAGGACGCCCACGAUAUCGCCUAUCGUGCCUAUCAACCUUCGCCAUCCUCUUCUGACAACCAUUAAUAUUUUUCUUCCUGUUUCCUCAUUUAACUUUUAGGCCCUUAUUACAUUCCACUUAGCCAUUUUUUGACUUGUGACUUAUGACUCGUGACUCGUGACUCUGACUCGUGACUCGUGACCCAUGAUCCUUGACGCCCAACGUCCCCGCUCGACGUACGACGCCCGACGCUAUUGACAUCUGACGCCUGACAGCUGAUUACCCUUUUCCUCUACAAAGCUUUAUCAAAUCUCUAUUCGUAGUCUAGAGUUUUACUCGCGUCUUUCGAGUUAUCGUUUCUCUUCAUUGUUUCUACCACGGCACGAUAGACUCCUGUCACGCGAGGUGUAGUCGCGAUGAUACCGAUAACAGUUGCGCCGGGGACAGCGACGCCUGUGCCAGCCGCAGAGAAAUUGAUAGAUCAACAUUUUAAAACGAAAGAACAGGCGGCGCAACAAAGUCAAUUUCGAGUUGCAUCUGUCGACUGCGCCAGCCGCUGAACGUCGACCGCCAACCCAUCUUUAGUUUGAGGAUCCUCAUCCUUUUCCUAGCCGAAGAAUCCGUGUUGGGACGGACCACCAGUGCCGCGCAAUACUCCAUACUUUUAGGGACCCUAUUAUUUAUUUCCUACGUUCUCUAACUGUUAAUAUUUAUAUGUUAUUUUCUUUUUAAUAAAGAGAAACGAAGGGCGCACGCGCCACAUCCCAAAGAGAA